AUGGCACAGGCACUGCUGGUACCCCCGGGACCUGAAAGCUUCCGCCUUUUUACUAGAGAAUCUCUUGCUGCUAUCGAAAAACGUGCUGCAGAAGAGAAAGCCAAGAAGCCCAAGAGGGAACAAGACAAUGAUGACGAGAACAAACCAAAGCCAAAUAGUGACUUGGAAGCUGGAAAGAACCUUCCAUUUAUUUAUGGAGACAUCCCUCCAGAGAUGGUGUCAGAGCCCCUGGAGGACCUGGACCCCUACUAUAUCAGUAAGAAAACUUUUAUAGUAUUGAAUAAAGGGAAGGCAAUUUUCCGAUUCAGUGCCACCUCUGCCUUGUAUAUUUUAACUCCACUAAACCCUGUUAGGAAAAUUGCUAUCAAGAUUUUAGUACAUUCUUUAUUCAGCAUGCUUAUCAUGUGCACUAUUUUGACCAACUGUGUAUUUAUGACCUUGAGUAACCCUCCAGACUGGACAAAGAAUGUAGAGUACACAUUCACUGGAAUCUAUACCUUUGAGUCACUUAUAAAAAUCUUGGCGAGAGGGUUUUGCUUAGAAGAUUUUACAUUCCUCCGCGAUCCAUGGAACUGGCUGGAUUUCAGUGUCAUUGUGAUGGCAUAUGUGACAGAGUUUGUGGACCUGGGCAAUGUCUCAGCAUUGAGAACAUUCAGAGUUCUCCGAGCAUUGAAAACAAUUUCUGUCAUUCCAGGUUUAAAGACCAUUGUGGGAGCCCUGAUCCAGUCUGUGAAGAAGCUUUCUGACGUCAUGAUCUUGACUGUGUUCUGUCUGAGCGUGUUUGCUCUAAUUGGUCUGCAGCUGUUCAUGGGCAACCUGCGGAAUAAAUGCUUGCAAUGGCCCCCAAGCAAUUCUGCUUUUGAAACCAACACCACUUCCUACUUUAAUGGCACAAUAGAUUCAAAUGGGACAUUUGUUAAUGUAACAAUGAACACAUUUAACUGGAAGGAUUACAUUGAAGAGGACAGUCACUUUUAUGUUUUGGAUGGACAAAAAGACCCUUUACUGUGUGGAAAUGGCUCAGAUGCAGGCCAGUGUCCAGAAGGAUACAUUUGUGUGAAGGCUGGUCGAAACCCCAACUAUGGCUACACAAGCUUUGACACCUUUAGCUGGGCUUUCUUGUCUCUAUUUCGACUUAUGACUCAAGACUUCUGGGAGAACCUUUACCAGUUGACGUUACGUGCUGCUGGAAAAACAUACAUGAUAUUUUUUGUCCUGGUGAUUUUCUUGGGCUCUUUUUAUUUGGUGAAUUUGAUCCUGGCAGUAGUAGCCAUGGCCUAUGAGGAACAGAAUCAGGCCACCCUGGAAGAGGCAGAACAGAAAGAGGCCGAAUUUCAGCAGAUGCUCGAACAGCUUAAAAAGCAACAGGAAGAAGCUCAGGCAGUUGCAGCAGCAUCAGCCGCUUCAAGAGAUUUCAGUGGAAUAGGUGGGUUAGGAGAGCUUUUGGAAAGUUCUUCCGAAGCAUCAAAGUUAAGCUCCAAAAGUGCUAAGGAGUGGAGGAACCGAAGGAAGAAAAGAAGACAGAGGGAGCAUCUUGAAGGAAACAAAGGAGAGGGAGACAGGUUUCCCAAAUCUGAAUCUGAAGACAGCGUCAAAAGAAGAAGCUUCCUUUUCUCCAUGGAUGGAAACCGACUGACCAGUGACAAGAAAUUCUACUCCCCUCAUCAGUCUCUGUUAAGUAUCCGUGGCUCCCUGUUUUCCCCACGACGCAAUAGCAAAACAAGCAUUUUCAGCUUCAGAGGUCGGGCAAAGGACGUUGGUUCUGAAAAUGACUUUGCUGAUGAUGAGCACAGCACAUUUGAAGACAGCGAGAGCAGGAGAGAUUCACUGUUUGUGCCGCACAGACAUGGAGAGCGACGCAACAGUAACGUUAGUCAGGCCAGUAUGUCAUCCAGGAUGGUGCCAGGGCUUCCAGCAAAUGGGAAGAUGCACAGCACUGUGGAUUGCAAUGGUGUGGUUUCCUUGGUGGGUGGACCAUCAGCUCUAACCUCACUUUCUGGACUUCUGCCAGAGGUGAUAAUAGAUAAUCAGUUAGCUACUGCUGACCAGGGCACCACCACUGAAACGGAAGUCAGAAAGAGAAGGCUAAGUUCUUACCAGAUUUCAAUGGAGAUGCUAGAGGAUUCCUCUGGAAGGCAAAGAGCCGUGAGCAUAGCCAGUAUCCUGACCAACACAAUGGAGGAACUUGAAGAAUCUAGACAGAAGUGUCCACCAUGCUGGUAUAGAUUUGCCAAUAUGUUCUUGAUCUGGGACUGCUGUGAUGCAUGGUUGAAAGUAAAGCAUCUUGUGAAUUUAAUUGUUAUGGAUCCAUUUGUUGAUCUUGCCAUCACUAUUUGCAUUGUCUUAAACACCCUCUUUAUGGCCAUGGAACACUACCCAAUGACUGGUCAGUUUAGCAGUGUGUUGACUGUAGGAAACCUGGUCUUCACUGGGAUCUUCACAGCAGAAAUGGUUCUCAAGAUCAUUGCCAUGGACCCAUAUUAUUAUUUCCAAGAGGGCUGGAAUAUCUUUGAUGGAAUUAUUGUCAGCCUCAGUUUGAUGGAGCUUGGCCUGGCAAAUGUGGAGGGGUUGUCUGUACUGAGAUCAUUCAGACUGCUUCGAGUUUUCAAGUUGGCAAAAUCCUGGCCUACCCUGAAUAUGCUAAUUAAGAUCAUUGGCAAUUCUGUGGGGGCUCUGGGUAACCUCACCUUGGUGUUGGCCAUCAUUGUCUUCAUCUUUGCUGUGGUUGGCAUGCAGCUGUUUGGUAAGAGCUACAAAGAAUGUGUCUGCAAGAUCUCCAGUGACUGUCAACUUCCACGCUGGCACAUGAAUGACUUCUUUCACUCCUUCCUGAUUGUGUUCCGCGUGCUGUGUGGAGAGUGGAUAGAGACCAUGUGGGACUGUAUGGAGGUUGCCGGCCAAGCCAUGUGCCUUAUUGUUUUCAUGUUGGUCAUGGUCAUUGGAAACCUUGUGGUUCUGAACCUCUUUCUGGCCUUAUUGUUGAGUUCAUUUAGCUCAGACAAUCUUGCUGCUACUGACGAUGAUAAUGAAAUGAACAAUCUCCAAAUUGCAGUAGGAAGGAUGCAAAAAGGAAUUGAUUAUGUUAAAAAUAAGAUACGGGAGUGUUUCCGAAAAACCUUUUUAAGAAAGCCAAAAGUUAUAGAAAUCCAUGAAGGCAACAAAAUAGACAGCUGCAUGUCCAAUAAUACUGGAAUUGAAAUAAGCAAAGAGCUUAAUUAUCUUAAAGAUGGGAAUGGAACCACCAGUGGUGUAGGUACUGGAAGCAGUGUUGAAAAAUAUGUAAUCGAUGAAAAUGAUUAUAUGUCAUUCAUAAACAACCCCAGCCUCACUGUAACAGUGCCAAUUGCUGUUGGAGAGUCUGACUUUGAAAACUUAAAUACUGAAGAGUUCAGCAGUGAGUCAGAACUAGAAGAAAGCAAAGAGAAAUUAAAUGCAACCAGCUCAUCUGAAGGAAGCACAGUUGAUGUUGCUCCACCCCGGGAAGGUGAACAAGCCGAAAUUGAACCCGAGGAAGACCUUAAACCAGAAGCUUGUUUCACUGAAGGAUGUAUUAAAAAGUUUCCCUUCUGUCAAGUAAGUAUAGAAGAAGGCAAAGGAAAGAUCUGGUGGAAUCUCCGGAAAACCUGCUACAGCAUUGUUGAACACAACUGGUUUGAGACUUUCAUUGUGUUCAUGAUUCUUCUCAGUAGUGGUGCUUUGGCUUUUGAAGAUAUAUACAUUGAACAGCGAAAGACUAUCAAAACCAUGCUAGAAUAUGCUGACAAGGUCUUCACUUAUAUAUUCAUUCUGGAAAUGCUUCUCAAAUGGGUAGCUUAUGGAUUUCAAACAUAUUUCACUAAUGCCUGGUGCUGGCUAGACUUCUUGAUUGUUGAUGUUUCUUUGGUUAGCUUGGUAGCCAAUGCUCUUGGUUACUCAGAACUUGGUGCCAUCAAAUCCCUACGGACACUAAGAGCUUUAAGACCUCUAAGAGCUUUAUCCCGGUUUGAAGGCAUGAGGGUGGUUGUGAACGCUCUUGUUGGAGCAAUUCCCUCUAUCAUGAACGUGUUGUUGGUUUGUCUCAUCUUCUGGCUGAUCUUUAGCAUAAUGGGUGUGAAUUUGUUUGCUGGCAAGUUCUACCACUGUGUUAACACAACAACAGGUAACAUGUUUGAAGCUAAAGAAGUCAACAAUUUUAGCGAUUGUCAGGCUCUUGGCAAGCAAGCUCGGUGGAAAAAUGUGAAAGUAAACUUUGAUAAUGUUGGCGCUGGCUAUCUCGCAUUGCUUCAAGUGGCCACGUUUAAAGGCUGGAUGGAUAUUAUGUAUGCAGCUGUUGAUUCACGAGAUGUUAAACUUCAGCCUGUAUAUGAAGAAAAUCUGUAUAUGUAUUUAUACUUUGUCAUCUUUAUCAUCUUUGGGUCAUUCUUCACUCUGAAUCUAUUCAUUGGUGUCAUCAUAGAUAACUUCAACCAACAGAAAAAGAAGUUUGGAGGUCAAGACAUCUUUAUGACAGAGGAACAGAAAAAAUAUUACAACGCAAUGAAGAAACUUGGGUCCAAGAAACCUCAGAAACCCAUACCUCGACCAGCAAACAAAUUCCAAGGAAUGGUCUUUGAUUUUGUAACCAGACAAGUCUUUGAUAUCAGCAUCAUGAUCCUCAUCUGCCUUAACAUGGUCACCAUGAUGGUGGAAACUGAUGACCAGAGCAAAUAUAUGACUCUAGUUUUGUCCCGGAUCAACCUUGUGUUCAUUAUCCUGUUCACUGGAGAAUUUGUACUGAAGCUUAUCUCCCUCAGAUACUACUACUUCACCAUAGGCUGGAACAUCUUUGAUUUUGUGGUGGUGAUUCUCUCCAUAGUAGGUAUGUUUCUGGCUGAGCUGAUAGAGAAAUAUUUUGUGUCCCCUACCCUGUUCCGAGUGAUCCGUCUUGCCAGGAUUGGCCGAAUCCUACGUCUGAUCAAAGGGGCUAAGGGGAUCCGCACGCUGCUCUUUGCUCUGAUGAUGUCCCUUCCUGCGUUGUUUAACAUCGGCCUCCUGCUCUUCCUGGUCAUGUUCAUCUACGCCAUCUUUGGAAUGUCCAACUUUGCCUAUGUUAAAAAGGAAGCUGGAAUUGAUGACAUGUUCAAUUUUGAAACCUUUGGCAACAGCAUGAUCUGCCUGUUCCAAAUUACCACCUCUGCUGGCUGGGACGGAUUGCUAGCACCUAUUCUCAACAGUGCACCACCUGAUUGUGACCCUGACACAAUUCACCCUGGAAGCUCAGUUAAGGGAGACUGUGGGAACCCAUCUGUUGGGAUUUUCUUUUUUGUCAGUUACAUCAUCAUAUCAUUUCUGGUUGUGGUGAACAUGUACAUCGCUGUCAUCCUGGAGAACUUCAGUGUUGCUACUGAAGAAAGUGCAGAGCCCCUAAGUGAGGAUGACUUUGAGAUGUUCUACGAGGUUUGGGAGAAGUUUGAUCCUGAUGCCACCCAGUUUAUAGAGUUCUCCAAACUCUCUGAUUUUGCAGCUGCCCUGGAUCCUCCUCUUCUCAUAGCAAAACCAAACAAAGUCCAGCUCAUUGCCAUGGAUCUGCCCAUGGUCAGUGGGGACCGGAUCCACUGCCUUGACAUCUUAUUUGCCUUUACAAAGCGUGUUUUGGGUGAAAGUGGAGAGAUGGAUGCCCUUCGAAUACAGAUGGAAGAUCGAUUCAUGGCAUCGAACCCCUCCAAAGUCUCCUAUGAGCCCAUUACAACCACUUUGAAACGCAAACAAGAGGAGGUGUCUGCUGCUAUCAUUCAGCGUAAUUUCAGAUGUUAUCUUUUAAGGCAAAGGUUAAAAAAAGUAUUAAAUAAAUAUAAGAAAGAGGAAAUCAAAGGGAGGAUUGACUUACCUAUAAAAGAAGACAUGAUUAUUGACAAAUUAAAUGGGAACUCCACCCCAGAAAAAACAGACGGAAGUUCCUCUACCACCUCUCCUCCUUCCUAUGAUAGUGUAACAAAACCAGACAAAGAAAAGUUUGAGAAAGACAAACCAGAAAAAGAAAGCAAAGGGAAAGAGGUCAGGGAAAAUCAAAAGUAAAAAGAAACAAAGAAUUAUCUUUGUGAUCAAUUGUUUACAGCCUACGAAGGUAAAGUC